AUGGCUCAAUCAGCAACCUAUUACAACCCUCCACCACCUCAAUCAACCUCUUCACGUUUCUCAUUACCCUCAACCACUUCACCUUCACCUUCCUCCACUUCAUCACCUUCACCAAGAAGAGAAAUUUCACGUGCUUCUCUCCCUCCAUCAGGAUUACAAAAUGUCUUCACACCGAUUCCUGGUCAAGGUAGAAAUGUUGGGAUAUUAGAUAGACCAUUGAAUAAGACAAGAGGAGGUGAAGUAUCAAAUUCAGCUUGGGCGUUUUUGUUCGCGGAGAUUAUAUCGUAUAGUCAAAGUAGGGUGGAUAGUGUGACUGAUUUAGAGAGAAGGCUAGCUUCACUAGGAUACGAAGCAGGUCAAAGGAUAUUAUCUCUUUUAUUACUUCGUAACACCCUUACGACUUCUUCAAAAGAUCCAAAAAGAGAACAUAGAUUAAUCCCAAUAUUACAAUUCGUACAUACUCAAGUAUACAAAUAUGUUUUUGGUAAACCUGCCGAUGGUUUGGAAAGGUCUGUAGAAGGUGAAGAUGAAUAUAUGUUGACUUGUAAUUCACCACCUUUGACUCAACAUAUUUCCAUACCGAGGGAUAUGGGUCAAUUAUCUUGUGAAGCUUUUACUGCUGGGUUAGUAGAAGGAGUAUUGGAUGGAUUAGACGUUCCCGCUAGAGUAACUGCACAUACCGUCCCGACAGACCAAUAUCCUCAACGAAGUGUCAUACUCAUUAAACUGGAUCAAAAGGUGAUGGACCGAGAAGAAAUUUUGGCCAAAUGA